AAGAAGAGGAAGAGUAUGAGGAAGAGGAAGAAGAAAAAGACAAAGACGGAACGUGGUCUUUUGUGUUGAAUGUUCGAGUUUCUCUAAAAAUAUCUACAGUCCAGCUUGAACCAGUUUAUGAACAAGCAGUUAACUGCCGCUGAAGAAACUUUCACAAAGUUUAAAGAAAUAACAGUCAAGUUGGAGGAAGAGAUGGAUGAUCAGCGCAGACUGCUUGAUUUCUCCCGGAUUCCUCAGAUAAUCUUACAUCGAAUAGAUCACCUACAACAUAACAUUUAUGAGGAGGAGCUUUGUAACCAGGAGAGGAGCUCCACUCUGGACCAGGAGGAGUUGGAACCUCUGCAGGUGAAACAGCAACAUGAAGAGCAAGAAGAUCAGCAAAUAAAAGAAGAGCAGGAGGAUCUAAAACACCAGCAGAUAAAAUUAGAGCAGGAGGAUCUAAAACGUCUGCAGAUAAAAGAAGAGCAGGAGGAUCUAGAACUUCGGCAGAUGAAAGAAGAGCAGGAGGAUCUAGAAUAUCGGCAGAUGAAAUUAGAGCAGGAGGAUCUAAAACAUCUGCAGAUAAAAGUGGAAGAGAAAAAAGUUUACUGCAGUCAGGAUUUCCUGCAGUGUAACAUUUAUAAGCAGGAGAGGAGAUCCACUCUGGACCAGGAGGAGUUAGAACCUCUGCAGGUGAAACAAGAAAAGGAAGAACCAGAAGAUCAUCAGAUAAAAGUGGAAGAGAAAGAAGUUUACUGCAGUCAGGGUGAAGAACAGAUUGAGUUAAAACAGGAGACUGAUACCUGCAUGGUGGUUCCUGUUGAUGAGCAAACAUCCCACACUGAAUCAGAACCAAACAGGAACCAAGUCAUCUUCCAGGAAGCUGCUGAAAUUGAGAACCAAAAUCAGGAAAGAAGAAAACCU